AUGCGGUACUGCCCUCGCUCGGGACAGCGGCAUUUGUAUGCCAGGACCCCGAGGGGCCAAGCAAUGGAGCGCUUGGGCAGCCGCCAACUCAGCGGCACGGGCAGCGCCUGCUUCGGAAAAAAGUUGUUCAGCUCCCUGUCGCAACAAGAGCAAAAGUUCCUCGUGUUUAGCGAGCAGCAGCAACGCCUGUUGCACAAGGUCCAAGGGAACGGAGCAGCCAAAAUCCUCCUCCAACUUCUGCAGGACGAUGGCCUCCGUAGCCGUACCUGCCGGCAGGUCGAGCAGACGCAAAACUGCUUUGGCAGCGGCAUUCUUUGCCUCCAGGUGAAAGCGGUGUCGAUCAGGACUCGCUUCCCCCAACUGUUUGCCAUGAGGGAACGGGAUGCUGCUAACCUGGGGCUGUUUGAUGAAAUCCCUCUUCAGUAUUUUGGAGACAAAUGGGAGGACUUCUCCAUUUGUGAUUGCAUCCAGGGUGAAACAAAGGAUCUAAGGUCACUAAUAAAAGCCAACCACAUUUUGGAAAGAAAGGCACACAAAAUCACCGCUCUGAAGGAGGAGCUGGGUCAACUACAAGCUGAGCUGCAUUUUCUGAGUUCAAAUGUGAAGAACAUCACUCGUCAGGCUGUCAGUGAAGUUCUAGCAAGCUACACCAGCAAAGGCAUUACAACAUGGAGCAUUGAAAAGAUUCUGAAAAAACUAAUGGCCAAGCUGGAUGAGGAUGAUGUUCAAAUGGCUGAUUAUGCCCUCAAAUCGGCAGGUAUUAUCUCUAGUGCCAGGAUUGUUUAUUCCAGGACCACUAGGAGCUACCGUCACGAGGGAGGACAUUACUUCUGGAAGUCCUUCCCCAUACUCCCCUUUGUGAAAUCUCCAGAGGUUAUUCUUCAGCCUAAUCGCUCUCCUGGGAUGUGUUGGUCCUUCCCUGGCACUCAAGGGGAAGUUGUGGUCAAACUCGCCAUGUUAAUUCUCCCAACAGCCAUCACAGUAGACCACAUAUCUAAGAAUCUCUCCCCCACUGGAGAAAUCUCCAGCGCUCCCAAAGAUUUCACCAUUUAUGGAUUAAAAGACGAAAAUGAGGAGAAUGGAAUUUUCUUGGGCCAGUUUGUUUACAAUGCUGAAGGAGACAUAGUCCAGACUUUCAAACUGAAGGGAGCUCCUUCCGAAAGAAUGAGCUAUAUAAACUAUGUGAAACUGAAAGUGCUAAGCAACUGGGGCCAUCCAAACUAUACCUGCAUCUAUCGCUUCAGGGUCCACGAUUCAGAAAAAAUCUAA